AUGAGCGCCGAUCUCGACAGAAAAGAUGUCGAGCUCGACGAGGGCCACAUCGAUGACUCCGACAUCGACCCCGUCGCUGAGCGAAAGCUGAUCCGCAAACUCGACCUGCAAGGCCUGCUCGACAUCCUAGGCGACAACGCCGACCACAAGUUUAGCAUCGUUCUCAUGUCGUUCUACAUUACUUACAUUGUUUUCAACGUGCCAGGAACGCUGUUCAGCAACGUUGUUCCGCCAAACUUUGCACUUGCCACCGGUGCCAUGAUUUGGGGAAUCGCCUCGACCGCGCAGGCAGGCGCCACAAACUUUGCGGGCAUGGUCGUGUGCCGCCUCUUCAUUGGUAUCGGUGAGGCUGGCUUCGGUGCCGCCGUGUCGCUGUACUACGCGCUGUGGUACCGUCGCGAGGAGAUCGCAACCCGUAUCUCGCUGUACGUCGGCGCUGGUUCGCUCGCGGGCUGCUUCGGCGGUCUGAUCGCAUACGGUGUCUCCUUCAUCCACUCGCAUGUCGACACCUGGCGCAUUCUGUUCCUCAUCGAGGGCCUGCCGACCAUCCUGCUCGCGAUCGUCAUCAUCGUUUUCCUGCCCAGCACUCCGGCCAAGUCGUGGCUCCUGAAGCCCGAGGAGCGCGCCCUCGUCAAGCGCCGUCUCCGUGACUCCGGCGUCAGCAACGCCCACGGCGUCGACGUCCCCGCGCUCAAGAGCGCCUUCCGCCGCGUCUUCUCUACUCGCACCACGUACCUGAACGGUCUCGUCUACCUCGGCCUCAACCUCAGUCUCGGUUCCGUGUCCGGUUUCUUGCCGACGAUCCUCAAGUCGUUCGGCUACACCGACUCCUCGGCGCAGCUCAUGACUGUUCCGCCAUACGCGUGCGCCUUCGUCGUCACUGUUGGCGCGAGCUACCUCUCGGACCGCACCAGGCAGCGCGGCAUCUUCGUCAUCAUCCUGAUGCUCGCCUCCCUCGUCGGCUUCACGAUCCUCAUCGCUGUUCCGGGCAACAACGGUGCGCGCUACUUCGCAACCUUCCUUGUCGUCUCGGGCGCCUUCUCCAACAUUCCGCUCAUGCUCUCGUGGGCCGCGAACACGGCCGGAAGCCAAACGGCCGCCGCCAUCCGCCUCGGCUUCAUGAACUCGUGCGGACAGUGCUUCUCCAUCCUCGCCAGCUUCAUCUUCCCCAAGACUGAGGGCCCGAAGUGGCACAAGGGCUUCGCGCUCAACCUGGCUUUCAACGGUGUCUCGGCUCUCACCGCCGCUUAUCUCAGCUUCUACUACGCCUCUCAGAACAGGAAGCGUGACAGGGAGGAGGCCGCCCGUGCCGAUGAGGAGCCUGUCGACACCCUCAAGACGAGACAGGAGGUGCAGCCGACCGACCUUCACGACCUUACGCCCGGUUUCAGGUACUUCACUUGA